CAUUAACGUCAUCUCCGGUGGAAUAUUCCAGCGGAUCUAUCCUUGUUCUUUAAAAGGACGCGCUGAAAACGCUUCUGUGAUAUUGACAGCUGAUGUUCUUUGACCCAGAGACAAUCAUGAUCCUCCUGACUCCCUCUUCUGAUGAAGAGUCUCUUGAACUCGCCUGGCUUUGGAAUCACAGGAAGUUCAGGGUGAAAAACACUUGAAGGGUUGCUACUGCAACAUUUAAAACUAUUUAAUAUAUAUUUAAUUUUGCAGGUCUGUGCAUUCUGUCUCGGAGAGUAGGCUAGGAUAAGCACUAUGACUUGAAGUAAAGCACUCCGAAGAGAGGAGGCAGACAGAAAACAAAGACUUCUUUGUUGGACUUCAUUAAAAAACAUCAGAGCUUUGUGGGGGCAGAGGCAGAUUUUUUUUUGCUUUUUGGCUGGAGCGAGGCAGUGUCAGCAGUCAUUCCAUCUGGCUGACUAAGAUGUAGUGUUUACUACCGUUCACACAGAAUUUUUUGUCUUCAAAACAACUAGAGAUAUCACGUCAUUAUGAGUUUUAGUAACUGCACCUUUUUUUAAAAUUUUUUUUUUUAAUAAAAAACUUCAAUAAAACCAUUACGAUUGGUGAUAUAACCCCGUGCAGUUUAGCAACUGAGUAUAAAAUGCGUGUUAUAAAAACAAGGAAACAGGGAGAGGUUGUAGAUCUAUCUUUAUACCAUUUAAAGCCUAGACUGCAGUGGUAUUAUUAGAUUGAAACAAUGAGCUAUGUGAGGGCUGCUGCCAUGUCCUUGUCUCUGGUCACUACGUUUGAUCAGGCUAAACUGAUCUCACAUCUGGUAUGUGUCAAUGCAGUAGUCCAACUCACUCUCACUAUAGCCAAUGGUGUAUGAUGGUGUAUGUGGUAAUCCCCUAAACGUGCAUAGCUUGUUCCCUACACCAGUAUUUUGUGUGUAUUUGACCCCUGAGAUUACUAUUGAGCGCUAACACUUGCACAUGCAUCCUGUUUAGACAUGUAUCAUUUUGAUGUUUUUUGCUUUGCAAUUAUGUAAUAUAAUCAAUAUUAUCUAUUGAUAUUAAAGUUUACCGCAUGCUGUCUUGAGUUAAACUAUGUGUAAAGUGUUUGCAUAGCUGUAAGUGAUAAUGUAAUGAGUAGAUAAUGAGACACUGUAAUGUUGCAUGCUGUAGGCUGUGAAUGAACGAAUGUACAGUAACAAAUACGUUUUAGUUAUCUGAAAGUGGAUGAAUGUAUCGUAAGGUCCGUCUCCGUCCAAUAAACGUACGUCUUGGUAAGUGAUGCUUCUUUUACAUAAAAUAGGGGAAACAAUUUGAAAGUAAUAUUUUUUUGCUUUAAAUAUAGUGAUUAAAAAACAAAAAGAAACACACAUAUGCUACACAAUCCUGCCAUAUGGAUUCCCACUACAUGGUGUACACAAUAUUAUGAUUCAGUUAUGACUGGCAUUAAGAUUACUUUCAGAAGUUUUACACAUUUUCCUUUCACUUCCACUGAAGUUGACUCAAACUGGGACAUAAUGAUUAAACCAUACCCAUUCAGACUCCUUCAUCAAACGGUCAGCUGGAAUGGCCAUCCGAUCACAGUAGGGAUAGGGAUUUAGCUUUUAGCUUUAGCAGAGCAUAGGUUAUUUGACCAAUCACAGACAACUACUAACUGCUGUUGAUGUGUGGUCUUAGGUCUCUUCCGGUGUACCAACAAGUUCUUUCUGAGUGAUGAAGCCACCGGACUCCAGAUCAAGGAGUUUGCACGUAAAAAUGCAGCUAAUGCUCUGUCAAUGUGCAACAUGGUCAUGGGCAUGGCCUCCAUUCUCAGCAGUCUAAAUGGGCACCAUCAUGCUGCAUGUUGGCUGGUUCUGAUUGGCUACCUGCUGGAUUUGGCAGAUGGAGCAGUUGCCAGGCGACUCGGUGCCUGCUCUGCACUGGGUGCAAAGCUCGAUGAUUUUGCUGACUUCACGACAUUCGGGAUUGCCACGUCAUUGCUCCUAAGGACGACCGACCUGAUGGACAACAUCCUGUGCGUGUGUUACGUCUUGUCUGUGUUUGUCCGCCUCUGUUUCUUCACGAGCGGGAUCCCAUUCAUGUACCGCGGCCUGCCCUGCAUCUACUCCUCAGGCAUCCUGGCCAGUGUCUCUCUGCUGUCUGGGGGGAACCUGGUCGUGCUGCGGGUCAUUGCGGCAGCCAUGAUCUUCUUCAUGAUCAGCCAGAGCUUCUACCCCCAUGACAAAGUGCUGGAGUCCCAGGCCUGGAAGAAAGUCGUCUAUGCUGGAGGAGUCAUCAUGGUGUUUUGCUCUUCCUUCCCCCCUGCAUGUGUCUACUACCUGCUGUGGUCAGUCUCCUACAUUUUGUUCCCAACAUCCCUUUGGAGCAGUAAAGUGUAAAAUGGGUACUGGCUUUAUCCAAAACUCCCAUAUAGGUUUACCUCUGGCCCACCCGGGUGAACUGAGGCUUCCAGACUGCUGCUGCUCCCUACUGCCAUGGAGGAUCCAAGCUGAACAUGAUCAUGCUCCACAGGCAAAUCACUCGCUCUAUUUGACCUUUUUAUUUUGACACAACACCUCUAAAACAAAACCCAGAUUGAAGAGAGUUAGAGUGAGGGAUAAGAAUGAGAUUUUAAUGUUGCUGGUAAGGACUAACCUUCAUGCUGUCUUGUGUCUUUGUUGCAUUUUCACUGAAGCCGGGAGUUGGAUGGCUUGUUCCAUGAUUUUUAUUUUUUUAAAUUUUUUUUAUCAGGUUUAUCUCCUGUGGAAUCCCCCUACUUCAAUAUUAAUCUUUCAUCAAUGUUGUGAACACGCAGCAGCAGUCAAUAUAAAAAAGAAAUUAUUUCAAAUUAAAUAAGCACACAAAUUUCUAAUAUACUUUGGCCUCAAAUUUGGGUUUUUUAAAUAUGUUUAAUUGUGUAAUCACACUGGAUCGUAACUCUUAUUAUGAUAUCCACAGUGUUGAGCAUAGCCUAAUGAGUAACUGUUUUAGUGCUACAGUAUGUAGGAAGCGCCUUUUAAUCAAUGAAUAUACAACAUGAUCUCUGAGCAGCAUUUUCGGGGUUCAAAAUUCCAAGUUCUUUCGGGUUUAUCUAUAACACUCUAAUGGGAAUUCGUAAAGGCACUAUGACCAUGUCUUGUGUUAACUGACUGUCUGUUAACUGACUGUCUGUUAAUGUUUGUAUCCGGGUUGAGGUCACUUCACUUUCAUAGUGUUCAGAGUGGGAAAUUUACUUUUUUUUUUUUCCAUUUUGUAGGCGUCUCAAAUCCAGUGAAUAUUUGUAAGAAGCUUUCAUUUCAAUUAUUAGAUUUGCUGUUUAUAAAUAAGUGAAAGUCAGCUGACCACAACUCUGGCAUCUGUGAAUGUGGAGACUUUUAGACUUUUUACAAAGUUGUGGCUCUGUCCAAGAAAUGAUGUGUUAGAUUUCCAUAUUUCUUCUAAGUGUGUUCUUAUUUGCUAAUUGUAUGUGUUUACCUCUGUUUUAAGAGGCAUUGCAGUUUUAAUAGUAAAUCCACACUGGAUCACAUUAACAUCUCGUAGUACUGCUCUGGCCACGGCUCAAUCAGUAACCUCAGUGAUUUAGGUGGAGUCAGGAGUGCAACAUGAGUGGGCGGCGCCGCCCAUAAAUGGCAACGCAGCAGCAGGUUUCUGCCUCGUCAUUCAGUGUGAAUUUACCCUUAAAGAGCAACAACACGCAGGCUGCGAAUUCUGCUUUUUCCUCACCACGCUGCAAGUUUUGCCUCCACCUUAAAGGUGUUGUAACAUUGCACUAUAGUCCAUGUUGGCUAUGCUCACAAAUGCACCAAACCACUACUAGUGGUGGAGCAGCAUGGAAACAUUAAACCCACAAGGAAGGAGAGUUUAAGUGUGUUGUUAAUCUUUAACUUGGCCAGCAUUCAGUCUGGGGGACAUCAUUCUUUUUUUUUUUUGUAGACUGUGUUUCACAAUGUGUGUAUUUGCGCCUCUCGGCAUCAUGUGUGCAAAUGGGGAGAUUAUACAGUAUGCCCAUGUUUAAAUUUGGACUCUGGACCUUGAGUUUGUAAUCUGAGGUGUCUAAUUAAAUGGCAUGACAUCACUCACCAUUUUAGUUCAGUGAUUUUAAUGUUAAUGGUAAUGAUUUGGAACCCUCUUAUAAGCAAUAUCAGAGCCCGAAGAAGGAAAAACUAAAGCAGAGUUUCAAGAAAAUGAAGACCCAAGGUAUCUGUCUUCAGGUUCUGAUAUUGGUCUGAACCCACUGUGGUUCUCGACAUGGUUACAGUAACCAGUGUUUUAAAGAAAAUCCACAGUGAAAAGUGCACACACAAGACUAAACACAAAUCUACUCUAGUACAUUCAGCUUUCCUGUGUGGGUGUUUUGGUUUUCAAACUGUGAAGUCACAGUGAUGUAUGCAUGCCUAGAGCAUUACAGAUACAAAAACUGUACUUUGCCCAAUAAAAGAAGAAGAGGGAAAAAAAAAAGAUCUUAAUGAAUAAUAAGAUCUGUGCUUUUACUUUUACUGUCUGUACAUUUUUGACAAUAAAGAGGCAAUAAUGAAAUGAC